UGCAGCACUUCCUGUUUGAAGUACAAAAUAAUCAGCACUGCAUUUUGAAUUAUUUUUUCCUCUACAGUUAAUUUUACAUGGGUUAGGAGUUUUAUUAUUUUACAGUCUAUGGUUAGGAGAGGACGCAGCGAUGGAGGUUAUUCAUACUCAAGGCAUCUGGAUCGCUGAAAGUCUCCAGCAAAGGACGAUAAGUCAAACAGAUUUAUGGCUACUUGUCACACAUCUAGGAGAUCCAAAAGCAGCGUUUCUGCUCGUCUUUCCCUUCACAUAUUUUAUCAGCAAACGAGCUGGAGUGUCAGUGAUCUGGGUAGCAGCUAUAACAGAGUGGCUCAACUUGGUGUUUAAAUGGAUGCUGUUUGGAGAAAGGCCGUUCUGGUGGAUAGGCGAAUCAGGUCUUUAUGUCGACAAGCCACCACAAGUUCAGCAGUUUUCCUCCACCUGUGAGACCGGCCCAGGAAGUCCGUCGGGUCACGCCAUGGUGACGGCAGCAGUCUGGUGGGUCGUGGUGUCCUCGCUGGGGUCGUUCCUUUAUUCCCGUACUCACAGUGUGGUGCUAUCAGCUGUUCCUUACCUGCUCUAUGUGCUGAUGCUGGUGGCAGUUGGACUCUCCAGGAUCUUCAUCCUCGCUCAUUUCCCUCAUCAGGUCGUCGCGGGCUCCAUUACAGGUUUCAUUCUUGGAAUCAUUCUUGGCCGCAGAGUCCCAGAAGGGCGCCCCCUGCUGUUCUUCUUCAGCUUAAGCACCGGUCUGCUGCUCUGCACUGUGAUGCUGCAUGCUGGACUGCAGCACCUGGGGAUCAACCUCUCCUGGUCUAUUGCUUUGGCGAAGAAAUGGUGCAGCCAUGCCAAGUGGAUCCGUCUGGACACAGCGCCCUUCUCCUCUCUGACACGAGACUGCGGGGCUCUUCUGGGUUUGGGGAUGGCUCAGUACUGGAGGCCCGGCGGGUUUUCCCUGCCCUGGGCUCCGCGGGCUUUAUCGCUUGCCGUUUCCUCCAUGGGUCUGUACCACGUCCAUCGGCUCCCGCUCCCCGUCCAGCCACAGGGCCUCUUCUACGGCUUGUUCUUUGUCAAAUUUGUCAUCGUGCCUCAGGUUGUCAUGGUGCUCGUCCCGGGCGUCGUUUACCUUCUCACUCACAGAAAGAAAGACUAGGAUGAGAAGAACAACAGCCCAUUCCUCAGCGUCUGUGUUAACACUCCACAUGUCUAUUUACAGAUAAAUUAGCAAUAGCGUUCUGAGCGUGUCUUGAAAGUAUCAGCUGUUUGCCUGCUGCAUAUGUGCAGUAAAUAUAUACACUAUAAAAGUUAAGGCGUUCUAAACACUGCAGUAUUUUUAUGACUUUAUGACUUUGAGGAGUUUUCUGGAGGUUUUAAAGUUUUGUGCAUCAUAAAAUAUGAAACAUGAUACAUGUGCUUUCCAAUGUUGCCUGAGAGAGAUUGUGUAGUAAAUAUUUUUCCUUGUCUUGAUCAUUUGUACAAUUUUAAAGGAUUACAAAAAAAAGACCUACGUCACUGUGGUGUGAGGAUAUAAGAGCGGUUAAUAGUGAUCAGAACUUGUUUUUCUUUCACAGUUAAAUGUUUACGUGCCUGUCUUUGUUUUUGUCUACUUGACACCAGAAGGUCAAGUGGACUCGUUCAGCGUUGCACUCCUGUAACACUGUUGUCCUCGUGGUCGACGGCUUCAGACGUCUUGAGUCACCGUGUUGCUUCAUGUGUUCUUCUGUUUGGCUGAGAUCUUGGGCCUACAUUUCCCACAACGCAAUAAAACCUCAACUGUU